AACCCAAUAAUACCCUUAAGGUCCUUCAGCCCCCUUCACGUCAGAUUAAACUCUUCAACCGAACAACCGGUCCCAAUCCAGCAAUAUACCGUCGCCACUAUUACUAUUACUACUAGUACAACUGUCAACGACUUUUAGUUUGAGACCAUUUCCCCGCUGGUGUUUACUUGUCAAAUAUAACCCUGCUUCCUAUUCUUUCCAUCUAUCUAUUCUUCCUCGCGGUCGGGGCCUUCAACGGCAAAUCGCCUUUUCAUGUCACUACCCGUCGCGUUGUCGCUAUCCACCAAAUCAAGGGAUCUAUCAUAGACGUCAAGUUAAAAACAAAAUCCUACGGGCAAUUGGGAGGCGAAGCCUUAUCGCUUACCAACAUUUCUUCCUUUCUUUUUCCAUAAUACCCAUUUCUCUAUUCUUUUCAUUUAUCGCAUAUAUACCCUACUAUUUAGAUCAAAAUGGGACGGAGAAAGAUCGAAAUUAAAGCUAUUAAGGAUGACAGGAACCGCUCUGUCACGUUCCUAAAACGAAAAGGUGGUCUAUUCAAGAAGGCGCACGAGUUAUCAGUACUUUGCUCAGUAGAUGUUGCCGUAUUCAUCUUCGGCAGCAAUAAGAAGUUAUACGAAUACUCAUCAGGUGAUAUGCGAGAUCUGAUCACAAGAUAUCAAUACCAUGGCGGUCCGAACGAGCACAAAGGCCCACACGAUUUCAACGGCGGCGAUGACGACGACGACGAAGAUGGCGAGGGCACACCUCCCCAUGGCCAUGAAGGCUCUGUCGAACCCCAGAUGAUUCCUCCCCAUUUCCAAAACCAACCUGCCUUUACCCAUUUAAGGCAUCAUACUCCAUCCGCCUCGCCUCCCAUCAAUGGGAUGCAGUUCGCGCCUCGAGGACAUACACCCCAACCACAGAUCGGCUCCAGGCCUUCGUCGAGAAACGAUUUUCGCCGCGACCUACGCGUUCCACAACCAGGCGCCCAGCCAGUUGCCAACGGUUACGCGUAUAUGCCUCAACCUGCUAUCUACAAUCCACAAAAUCAACCCGCUUAUCCGCAACACGGACUCCCUCCGCCGGCACCAGGCCAGUUCCAAUACGCUGCUGCCCAACAGCAUGCCCAGGUACAAAGCUAUAUGGAAGAACAGCGACGCUCGUCGGUGCCUCCUAACUAUCCUCCACAUAGUGCUCCCCAGGGCCAACCUGCGCGUCCUUCUCCGCCACAACCUACACAUCAGCUACCUCCACAACAGACUCCCCAUAUGUCCCCUCCGCAGCCGCCUUCUCAACAUCUCGAGCCUCCACAACCGCCGCAAAUGUCACAACAGGAACCGCAACCACCUGCGCCUAUGGAACCGAAGCAUGAAUCCCUUCAAGAGAGAACCGGUCAACCCUUGUUAGAUACAGCAUCCGCGAUCAAGAAAAUGCCACAACGCAAACAGCACAGCAUCUUCACUCCGAUCGAUGAGAACCGGUCGAUUCUGUCUCAACAUCUAGCCUCGUUCAACGCGGAACCCCGCAUAAAAGAUGAUGGUAAUCGAUCGCAAUCAGUGGACGUAGGUGCUGUUUCGCGAAAUAAAUCUGACUCAUCUCCGCCUCUCCCACAACGUUCCAAUACUUCUGGCCUGGCUCGCAACUCUAUACCUACAAUCCCCGAGACCACAUUCACUCCGCCCUCUCGCUCAAACAGCUUGAAAGUUGGUGGUGGUGGCUCGCGACCAAGGCUAAAGGUUCAAAUUCCCGAGGAGCAAUCUGACGCUGGUAGCAAUGCUGGUGAUACAGGUACCUCUCCUCGCACAACAACCGAUACAACUGCGCAAUCAGCUCGCCGAAAUGGUGUGGAAGGCCCUGGAGCUGGCGUUGUCCUCCCGCCUCCAUCACCGUCAGCAUCGGCGAUGUUAUCUGCGGGAGCCACCGGCCCACCGAAUCCAUUUGCAAGACCACAUCCUCAAACUCAAAACAACAAUAUGAACAUCGACACACCUGUCUCCGCUUUACCAUCUAGGUUCCUCAAUAACGAAUUCUUGCCGAGUCCUAGCAGUUUUUAUCCCGAGUGGAAUUUUCGGGGCAGUGACAGCAACACCCUUCCGAGUCCUUUGAACUUCGCUACGCCGGUGGUAGGUUCGGGUCCUUCCUUUCUGAGGGACGAUAAUGGGCCCAACGCGGCUAAGCGAAAGAGUCCGGAUAUAACCGCCGGCCACGGCUCAGACGGCCCGGAGGGUGGAGAGCCCAAAAGGAUAAGGGUUGACGGUUAGUGGCUCUAUUCGACGUCUCGACUGCUGAGACUAUCGAGUCACCUAUAUUCUAUUCUGGUUCGAUUUCUAUUCACAUUUUUAUCGCAAAAUGCGACUGUACAACAUAUUAUGGAGAGCAUCGGAGGGUACUUGCGUC